CAAGUAGCUAGUCAUUUAAAACGAUAAGAGGUAGGUGCCAAAACCAACCAUUGGCAACAAGGCAAGGCAAUUUCCAAACAAGCAAAGAAAGGAAUUCACAAACAUAUACUACACUUGUAUUUAUAUAUAUCCCUUCCCUCCUAUCAUUCUCUCUUCCACCCCUCUCUCUCUCUCUCUCUCUCUCCCUCUCUCUCUCUCUAAUUAGCUAGGAAUUUGUAGAAUCUCUCUCUCUCUCUCUCUCUCUUCAUGGCAACAUUUUUUAGCAGAAUUGCCAUGUUAAAUAUUCUUCUUAUAUUUUCUGUAUAUUUCUCAGGUUUUAGUAAUCUACGAGGAGUUGAAUCUCUUGGCAUCAACUAUGGCCAAGUUAGCAACAAUUUACCACAACCUGAUAAAGUUCUUGAACUCCUACAAUCGCUGAAGCUCACAAAGGCCAGAAUUUACGACACAAAUCCUCGAGUUUUGACGGCAUUCGCCAACUCUGGAGUGGACCUCAUUGUGACAGUCGAAAAUGCGAUGUUAAAUGUUCUAAGGGAUCCACAACAAGCUCUUCAGUGGGUUAAUACCCACAUAAAGCCAUAUAUUCCGGCCACGAAGAUCACCGGAAUAGCGGUGGGCAACGAGCUCUUCACCGGCGGGGACAUAACGGAAAUUUCCAAUCUUGUACCAGCCAUGGUCAGCAUUCAUGGCGCCCUAGUUCAACUAGGACUAGAUCAGCAAAUUCAUGUUUCUAGUCCAAAUUCUCUUGCAGUGCUGGGGGAAUCGUACCCGCCUUCGGCCGGAACUUUCAGGUCCGAGCUCGCCGGAAUAAUGCCGCAGGUUUUGCAGUUCCUGCAAAGUACUAAAUCACCCUUUUUUAUCAAUGCAUACCCUUAUUUUGCUUACCAAGGUGAUCCUAACAAGAUUCCUUUAGACUAUGUCCUUUUUAACCCUAAUUCAGGAAUGGUUGACCCUUACACUAAACUACACUAUGACAACAUGUUAUAUGCAAUGGUAGAUGCAGUUGUAUUUGCUAUGGCUAGAAUGGGUUUUGGAGGGUUGGAAGUUAGGGUUUCUGAGACAGGGUGGCCAUCCAAAGGUGACCCUGAUGAAAUUGGUGCAACCAUUGAACAUGCAGCGGCCUAUAACCGGAAUUUGUUGCGAAGGCAAUUACGAGGUGAAGGUACACCUUUGAGGCCUACCAUGAGACUAGAAGUUUAUUUGUUUGCUUUGUUCAAUGAGAACUUGAAGACCGGAAAAACUUCGGAGAGGAACUAUGGUCUAUAUCAACCAGACGGCACCAUGGCUUACAAUGUGGGACUUAUGGCUUUGUCCAGUACUACUUCGUCAACCUCGACAGCUUCGAUUUCUCUCACUUCCUCUGCCACUCAUGAGGUAGCAAAGAUGGGAUAUCAAAGCUUGGUGUACUGGAUGGUUGUGUAUUUGGCUGCUUUACAAGUUUUAAUGAGAAGACCAUAUUAAUGAUCAACUGGGGUAUUUCUGUAAAUAUGACUUUUUGGGCAAGUGAUCAAAUGGGGUUGGUUUCUCUUUUGGGGUCUAUUUGCAUUAUUGCAUGCAAAUUGCUUACACCUAAAAAAAGAAAACAUUCCCUGUGUUGAGGGGGUGGGGGGGUGAUAUUGUACUUUCCCAUCAGACUUUGAGGGGUCAUUCUCACCAUCUAAUGGUUACAAUUUCGUAUGCGGACCACAUCGAUCAUGAAUCACAGUACUACUCUUCAAGCUAGCCAACAGUCUCGAUCAAUCAGAAGAUGAACCUAUUUUUUGGUAGAGAUGAGACAAAAGCAUUAUAUAUAUUACAAUCCCGCCUGUCUCACUGAUCAAAGAUGUAGUUGAAAAUUUAUUUCUCAAUUUACCUUUAUCUUCUAGAAUUUAAGUUUGUAUCAAUGUUCUUUCUUAUGUAUGAAUUAUCACGAGAACACUGUUGUAAGGUUAUUCUGUUUUUUUGCAAUAUUAGAAGUUAACUACUUUCGAAGAGAUAAAAAUCUUCACUUAGCAUUCUCGGUUAGAUUGUUACGUCUGAUAAUUGUAAUAAAGAAACAUUGUGUUAUAAAGAAGACAAA